AUGAAGGAAUGGUACAGAUUUUAUAAUUUUGAAAAGAGAUUUCGCAUACUCCCUUUAGUGAAUAUAUUAAAAACCAUAAGCAGACGACUUUACGCUGAUCUUCCUACUAGACCCGGUCAAGUCGACAUCUUGCUGAAAGUGAUGGCGCCUCGACAGGACCUCGUAGCCCAGCCGCAGCCGAUCCGAAUAGAGCAGGGCAGGCAACCCCCACCUCCACCCGCCCCCGGCCGCCACCAACGUCCCCCUCACGACAACCCCACCGUCUACAUAAACAGUCCCGUAGUGGCUAUGCCCCGAAAUAAUGUCAGUAGGAGAGAAAUCACUCGCACGUAG